UUGGGAGCUGCGAGCCAAGAGAGAAACCGUGUGACCUGAGUCAAACACGGUGAGUCUGAGUCAAUUUGGAGCCGUACAGCAGUGCAAUCGCGAACACUCACAUCACAGCACAGACCCUGGAUAUGGCUACGUCUAUACUUGGGGAAGAGCCACGGUUUGGAACUACACCUCUAGCUAUGCUGGCUGCAACUUGCAACAAAAUUGGCAACACCAGUCCUCUUACAACUUUACCUGACUCCAGCGCUUUCUCAAAAGGUGGAUUUCACCCGUGGAAAAGAUCCUCCUCCAGCUGUAACUUGGGAUCCAGUCUGCCCGGUUUCACAGUAGCAACAAGCCGCGCAUCGACAGGACUAACACCGACCAGUGGCACGGGCAACAGCGCCUUUUGCUUAGCCUCCACCUCCCCGACCUCGUCUGCGUUUUCCACAGAGUACAGCGGUCUGUUUUCCAACUCAGCCAGCGUCACAUCUCAAGAGUCUGGACAGUCAGCUUUUAUCUCCAAAGUCCACACAUCAGCAGAGACUCUGUACCCACGAGUGGGGAUGGCGCAUCCAUACGAGUCAUGGUACAAGUCCGGGUUCCAUUCAACAAUUUCUGGCGAUGUGGCCAACGGAGCGUCCUCGUGGUGGGAUGUCCACACUAAUCCCGGGUCGUGGCUCGAUGUCCAAAAUCCUGCAAGCACCCUUCAGACCUCGCUGCAUUCCGGAACGCCCCAGGCUAUCCACUCCCAGCUGGGUGGCUACAACCCGGACUUCUCCUCGCUGACCCACUCGGCGUUUAGCUCCACGGGAAUCAGCCCUUCUGCGUCUCAUCUACUGUCCACCAGUCAGCACCUGUUAACACAGGACGGGUUCAAAACAGUCAUCCCCACUUACACAGACGCUUCUGCCGCUAACGCCAUGAUUUCUGGGGGCAGUUCAGGAAUAAGUAGCUCCUCGAGGUCGUCCAGGCGGUACUCCGGGAGAGCAACAUGUGAUUGUCCGAACUGCCAGGAGGCUGAGCGGCUGGGACCCGCCGGGGCCAGCCUGAGGAGAAAGGGACUCCACAGCUGCCACAUUCCCGGCUGUGGUAAAGUGUAUGGAAAGACAUCUCACCUCAAAGCGCAUUUGAGGUGGCACACCGGCGAGCGGCCUUUUGUCUGCAACUGGCUUUUCUGUGGCAAAAGGUUCACUCGGUCCGAUGAGCUCCAGAGACACCUUCGCACCCACACCGGCGAGAAAAGGUUUGCUUGUCCGGUGUGUAACAAGCGCUUUAUGCGGAGUGACCAUUUGAGCAAGCACAUCAAAACGCACACGGCCGGGGGUGGAGGCAAAAAGGGAAGCGACAGUGACACCGACACCAGUAACCUGGAGACGCCGAGGUCCGAGUCCCCAGAACUUAUUUUGGAGGGGGUGAAUCCCAGAAUCACGGUUAAGGAUCCGUCUCCUCACGACGAGCCCUAAUGAGGCCACACAGCCCAAAUCAAACCACAUUCAAACCUGCACAGCAUUGAAAACGGGUCUUAUUUGACAGACAAUAAAGGAGAAAAUAUUUCAAGAAGCGAUGGCAAAGACUAACAAAUAUAUUCUCCACAGGCGUAACAAGUAUUUCAUUCGUAAAUCCACCUGAAGAAACCACAGUGAUUUGCUGUAGGCCUUUGGAGAUUUUUAGGGACAAUUCGAAAAUGACAUGGAUGCUGAGGGUGCGCCAAACGUGUUGAACUUUGGUUGGACAACGUGAGUUACAUCUUGUAUAUUGACGAUUCAGCUAUGUGUUAUUUUAAUGUAAAUGUUAGGCUAUGAUUGUUUUACUCGUGUUGGUAUCCUGGAAAUCAGGGAGUUUACUUUCGACGCACUUUGUGGAUAUGUAUGUACACAGCUUUUUUCAACUUUGGUUAACCAUUUUAUUUCUUUGCUAAAAAUAUCUAUAUAUAAAUGUUUACCUGUAUAAAGUCACACGUAUAAGACUUUCAUUUUAUCGUAAUUAAAACAUCUCAAAAAAGGCUGUA